CCGUUUCCGCAGGCCCCUCCGAGAUGAUGAGCUACUAUAUGGACGCAGCCGUCGGCAGUCCUGCCCCUUACCCUCUGGCUCGCCCUGGAGUGAUGAAGCAAGGCGCUGCCAGCUCCUAUGAAGAUCCCUGGAUGACCUGCGGGUUUCAAUCCACCUGCUGCCAGCAGAGGACAUGCUACCCAGGCUGGGAUGAGUCUGCCAUUCAGGAAGUGCCCACCGGCUUGGAGCACUACAGCACAGACAUGGAAUGUGCAGACGUGCCUUUGUUAACCCCCAGCAGCAAAGAAAUGAUGUCUCAGGCAUUGAAGGCCACCUUCAGUGGCUUUGCAAAAGAGCAGCAGCGGCUGGGAAUCCCCAAAGAUCCCCAGCAGUGGACGGAGACGCACGUGCGGGACUGGGUGAUGUGGGCGAUGAACGAGUUUAGCCUCAAGGGUGUGGAUUUCCAGAAGUUCUGCAUGAACGGAGCGGCCCUCUGCGCCCUGGGCAAGGAGUGCUUCCUGGAGCUAGCGCCUGACUUUGUGGGAGAGAUCCUCUGGGAACACUUGGAGAUCCUGCAGAAAGAAGAGGUGAAACCAUACGCAGCAAAUGGAGUGAAUGCAGCAUAUCCAGAAUCCCGCUAUACUUCAGACUACUUCAUUAGUUAUGGCAUCGAGCACGCGCAGUGCGUGCCUCCCUCAGAGUUCUCCGAGCCCAGCUUCAUCACCGAGUCCUACCAGACGCUCCAUCCCAUCAGCUCCGAAGAGCUCCUGUCCCUCAAGUACGAGAACGACUAUCCCUCGGUCAUCCUGCGGGACCCCGUGCAGACGGACUCCCUGCAGACGGACUACUUCACGAUCAAGCAAGAAGUGGUAACGCCAGAUAACAUGUGCAUGGGACGUGCCAGUCGAGGUAAACUGGGCGGCCAGGACUCCUUUGAGAGCAUAGAGAGCUACGACAGCUGCGACCGCCUGACGCAGUCCUGGAGCAGCCAGUCCUCCUUCCAGAGCCUUCAGCGCGUCCCCUCCUACGACAGCUUUGACUCGGAGGACUACCCCGCCGCCUUGCCCAACCACAAGCCCAAGGGCACCUUCAAGGACUAUGUUCGAGAUCGGACCGAUAUGAACAAAGACAAGCCUGUCAUU